CUUGCCAGUAAGGGUGUACCUCUCCACACUACUGCACACGACUCCACGCGUCAUGGCUAACCUUAUCUUAGCAGCUGCCUUCAUGGUUUUGACAGGUCUCAACAUGGCGACCGCCUAUCCUUGCAACCAGGAUAGGCUUAUCCAGUGCGCAGGAUCUUUGCGAGUUCUCUCGGAUAACCAGGAGUUUGGAUUCGCCGCCAAGAAGGAAGAUCUGGAUCUCAUUUGUCCGGACCUGAACGCAGGGCUGCGAUGUAUCGAUGAGUACACCAGGAAGUGCAUGGCGCCCCAUCAGAGAUCGCACUUCAACAAACUCUACGCAGGAAGUUCUAUGGUGAUUCAGGAGAUCUGCCAGGAGGGCCCGUACCAGGAUGAGUUCCUGAGACACGCCAGUUGCAUGUGGGAAGUCAAGCAAGACUACGAGGAGUGCGCCAGGGACUACCAACACAAGCUGCAAGAACUCAGUGGUCUCAUGUCCAACGACACCAGUGAAGGAGACACUGAGAGACACGUCCGCAGACUCUGUUGCUCUUUCCAAGAAUACCUAAGAUGUUCACAUGCUAUCGUUAUGGACACUUGUGGAGAAGAAACUGCAACCUUUACCAAAGGAUUUUUGGAUCGAAUGGCAUCCUCUCUCAUUCAGGUCCAUUGUGAGAAGUACCCCUCUGGCUCCCAGAUUUGUGAGGAAGACAUCAGCGCAGCUUCCCUCUCAUCUGUGUCUUCUUCUCUCCUCCUCGCUUCUCUUGCCCUGGUUUUCCUCCUGGUCCAUCGAACGUGAAUGUACCUCCUCCUAGACAUCCAAUUUUAUGCUUAGCCGUCCGUUACCUCAGAAUUCUGGAGUCAAUGUUUAUUUAGUGUUAGUAUUUAGACUUCCUAUUAAAGACCUGGUUUUGUAGAUCUAUUUAUACAAUUAUGCUUUAACUCCAGGAUCCGAGCUAUUACAUAGUCAUGUUAUUUCUGCGAAGAGCAUUCCUAAAUUGGAUACAUAAUUUUUCAUUUUGCUCAACAUAUCGGCUAUAGUCUGUACCAUAUGAUGAAACUUGUCUCGGUGUCCUUCGUCUACUUGGGACUAACUAACGGUUUAAAGGCUCGGGCCAGUCCCAAAUAGACAUAGGGUCAAGAGACAAACUCCAUCAUACAGACUAUAGUAUUUCUCGUAGGUACGUUAUCUACUUACCUUUGUAAAUACGUUUUCGCAAAAGAUACCUUGUAUGUAAGUAACAUCCUUUUAGUGUAAUUAAUUGUUAAAAGUAUUUAAUCGUUAAAUGUUUAUUGUAAAGUGAAUUAUUUUAGUAUAUUUUUCAGGUAAUUUUAGCACCCAAGGUGUGUCCUGUGUCCAGGGUUUCUUAUUGUUAAUGUUUCAAUAUUUUAAAUGGAUGUGAAAAUUAUAUUUAAAAUUUUACUUGUCGAGUUUCACAAUUUGUUAUGAUUGUUUAACUUCAAGUAAGUAAAAGCAGUAGAACUGUUUAUCAUAUCUUGUUUGUAUAUAUAUAUUAUAAUUUUAGUAGUACCACAAAAAAUUACCAAUUAAAUAUUAUCUUAUUAUCUUAAAUGGAUAACUCUCAUAAUUAGUAUAUAAUACCAUAUCAAAUUAAAAACACAAGUUUCUUGUGGAACUUUUUAUGUCUUUCAUCGAAACAUUCCAUUGGAAACAAUGAAUCCUAGCCGAUUAGAAGACUGCAUAGGGAGUAUAGAGUUAUAACUAGUCGCAGUUAACUUUGAACAAAUGUUAAAUACAAGUUUAAAAUGUUCUUUACUUUUCAAGCCGACUAACUGCUUUGUCUAUCUUGCAAAAUAAACUAUUUUUCUUAAGUUUCCUUUGAAAAAUCACUCUCCUUGUAAAAAUUAUAAAAGGAAAACUUGUAUACAAUAUAUUAAACUGUCUGGAUUGACAUUUUUAGUAAAUUUUAUCCUUAAAAAGUAAUUCUUGCUUCUCAUGUUUCCUGUGCAUUUUUUUGUUAAAGAUUUCCAUUAAUAUUUCUUAUGUCUCUUUAAAUCAGUACACAUGAUGAGUUGUGGUGCAAAAGUACUUUGCAUAGAGGAAAUGAGAGUGAUGCUGAUCGUCCAAUAGUUAACCUACAUUUAAUUCCUUUAUAAGAUAAGUUCCUCAGGUUUAGUUACCAACAGGUUGUGAUGAGAUGUACACAAAUUUAUAUUUCCAAAUUGCAUAUUUAGUGAUCAGAUUUAGUACACUUUCAAGAUGAGAUCAGGAAGCUAUAUGAGAAAUCAAUAAAUAACCAAAUACUACUCUUAUUUAAUGGUUAAAAAUGAUCAAAUUUAUAAACAAUAAAGGGUAUGAUGUUUUGACUUGUUCAAACAUAUCUAUCAAGUAAUUGUACCUAAUUUUGUUCUUUAGGCCACAAAUGUUAAAUCAGAUUACUCAGUAUGCUAAUUGGAACUAAUAAAUAUUUACUGUUCAAUAAUAAAAAUAAUACUGCUGGUUUAUACACAUUUGAUAAAAUGUUUCUUGAAGUGUGUUCAUUCAUUUAUAGUUAAAACUGUUGAUGCACCAUUUAAAAUAUGCUUGCCAAUUGAAGAAAAAUUCUAUUCACAUAGCAGUGAAAUUGUAUUUUAACCAUUUUAAUUGCAUGAAAACAUAAGUUCUAAAAUUAUUUAUACCAGGUACCUUGCAAUAUAAUAUUUUUAAGCAUAAUUUUAUUGAAGUAUAUUCAGUAUUUAUUUUUUUAUGAUAUUACAAUCGAUGAUCUAUCCAGCAAUAAUGUAGUAAUUUAAAUUAUUGCAGUUAUGUUAAAGAGCACGAGUUUUGUAACUAGAAGUAGUAUCUAGUCCUUAGAAGAGUUGAAGUCUUAGUUUCUGACUGCGCUCUCUAUAUAGUAAGUGUGUGCGAGUAUGUUCAUAUGUGCUGCAUGUGUUGUGUCGUUUGUAAGUAAAAGUGUACGUAUGUGAGUUUUGCUUUAAGCCAAAAAUGCUUGAAUGGCUUUGAACUCUGAUACUCUCACUUUCCAAAUAUUGUAUGGGACCACCAAAAAUUUCCAUCAUUUUACAAUCAAUUUUCUUCAAAUACUUAAAGAUUUUAAAAUGUUCAGCGUCAUGUUGUGUUUCAGAGUAAAAAUAUUUUCAAGUAAUAUUUUACUACAUCUGCAACCAAAAUCGUAUACGAUAAUAAAAUCUAAAUGGAGAAAUUAUCUCGGAAAAUAUUAUUUUUUAUUUGUAUCUCACAAAAGCCUGUAGUUUUAUUGAUUUUUAAAAAACAUGUUUUAAAUAUAUACAUAAUAUGUUAUUUAUUCAAAUAUAAAUAAUCGACUAAGUACUCAGUUUCGUGAGAAUGUAAAUAGGAUAUUAAGUUAUAUUGUAUAAACAGAAUGAAAGGAAUAAUAGAGAAUAAGUGUGUUAGUUCAGCUUUCCAAGGGUCACUCUUGCACAGAGCAAAUCACUAUUAUUGUAUUGUUAAACCAAACCCAGUAUUGCAAAGUGCACCCCAAGUAUUAAUUCAUAGUACUUUGUUAAUUUUGUAAAUAAACGUGUAUAACUAGUUUACAUAGUUUCAAUUGUGUUUGGAUAAACUUUUGAAAUAAUUGUUUAAUAAAAAAUAUUAA